UGUGUGAUGCUGAAGCAGCCAUCUUGUCUUAAUGCAGUUGGAGUUUACUAGUUCGGCAGUUUUACUGAAAUUGUCGCGUGAUUUAUGAAGUUUUUGAAGUACCAACGUUGUCAGGUAUUCAAGUACAGUUAGAAUAUUCUUGUCGCCCAUUUGUGGAGAAUUUCCUGCAGUAGAAACUGUUUACGAGCUGAAUACAGCGUCGUAGUAUUUGCGCCAAAUAUAUGGAAGAGUGUUCUGCAUAUUUGCAGCUUUGUUAAGAAGACGCCAUUGGCAGAAUGAGUCGAUCAGGUCGUAACUAUGGCAAGAAGCCACCGGACAUUGGGCUGCAGAUGGAAUGUCAUGACGAAGCACUUACCCCAGAGCAGGUUUCAGCAUACAACAAGGGAGAGAAGGAGUACAAGGAGGUGACAGCCAAGCUGGAACAGAUGAUGAAGAAUCUUGGUGGCGAAAUCAUCGAGAAAUCUGAUUCGGUCUAUGUUGUGCAAAUGAAUAACAGCUCUCCUCCACCAGUCCCUGCUUUAACGGCAAGCACACCAAGCACAGGCAAGUCUGUGACAUCUCCUGUGACACGCCAGUCUGCAGCCCUCAUUGCUCAACCACCACCUUCAACCAAUGCCAUGGUACAGGCACUGCAGACAGCCACGGGUCCUGUCAUUCUGCAGGGUUCACCUCAGACACAAGGGGUGAUGACAAGAGCAUCUGCUGGAAAUGCCCUACACUCACCAGGAACUUACCAGCUGGUGAUGGACCCACGACUUGGACUUAUUGUGGGUACUGUAACCUCACCACAGGCUACACCAGGCACACCUGUUAUCCAGAAUACUACCAGUCUCGCCAAAACUACAACAUUAGUGAGUAGUGCACAAAACAUCCAGACCCGCUCAACUGUGCAUACUCGCACCAACAGUAUGAGGAUGCAGACAAAUACAACGCCCAGUACCCAGGUUCCUGCCGGACAGCCUCCAGCAAAAUUGCAUGUGGUGUCUACUGCUUUGCCAACAGCAGCAUCCACUCCCACAAUACCAAGCCUUAGGAUCAAGCCCCCAAAACCACCUCCAAACCAAAAAGGCACCAAUGUCAAAAGUCCUGCCACAGCCAGCAAGGUCUCACCAGCUUCCAGUUCUAAUGCAAGGCCCACUGAAAGCAACAGUGUUGGUGGACUGUCAACAGGCCCAGGCAGUAAACCUUGGAGACCCACAACCACAGGCACAGUAAAUGCUCCUGUGGUAGACCUGACUGAUGAUGAUGGGAAACCAUCUAGUACAAACGUGGCUGAUUCCAGAGAGGUAACAUUCAACAAACUCUCAGGCAAGACAUUCCCAUCCCUUGUGGUCGUGGCACGUCCACACCUUCGUAUCAAGGAUAUGGCCCAGGGAACUGUGAGUCAGGAAAGAGCAGCUCUAGAUGCAAAAGUGAAGAGUGUGCUGAUGUUCACCCCUACGAAAUUUACUGAAUGGCUGAUACAGCAAGGUCUAGUGCGAAGUGAGCAGUACUGCACCACGCAUGUCAUGCCUGACAACACAACACCCAUCAAACUGAAACUCGGCAUGUAUUCAGAUGUUAGCAAGUUCCCUUACAGUGGGGGCUAUGUCUGGAUCAGCGAGUGCUGCCCUCAACGAUUUGUAUCGGUAUUCAGUGGGUCUAUCUUUGAGGGAGCACCGCACCCACCAACGGUACUUCUGAAACUUAUCUAUCACUGGGCAUGCCAAACUAAUGUUCAGAAUGUGGUACAGUGGGUGAAAGUAGACAACUUUUAUGUGAAGAACUUUUUCACAAACAUGCGCAGCGUUUGCACUGCAGCCAUUCAUGAGAAAUAUGAGAAGAUGGGUGGACUCAAAAAGAGAGUAGAGGUAGGAGUGAUUAGCCUGGGAACCACAUCACAAGAUGGGAACAUGCGCCAAGUGAAAGUGGAGGUGCUUGGCGUUAUGGAUCCAGAGAGUAAACUUAUUAGACUCCGAGCUGUGGAGCCACUCCAGCAGGAGGGGGAACGCAACUAUAAGCGACGAUUUGUGAAGAUCUUGGAACCAUUAGAACAGUGGGUUGACAAGGACAGCAUCAUCCUGACAGACUUCACUGUGGACAAGGGUACCCUGCACAAUAUGGGUUUUAACUCUGUGUACCAAGUGUCAAUCAGCGAUGCACCAACCCCACAAAACAAGUACAGCAAUCAAAAUGUUAUGGAGUACCUGCGGCGCAUUGUGCCACGCAUGUUUCAGAACACACUCUCUCUUCUGAGUAGACAAAUCAUUCAGCAGUUUUUGGAUGAACUGGUGUGGAGAGAGAGGUGGGGACCUGUUGCAUCUCAGACAUUUGACAAUAUCAUUGCUCACAUGGCUGAACAGACUAAGCUGGAAACAGGAGAUAGUCUGCUGACUCGUUUGUCAAAGGUGGCAGCAAACCCAUUCAAGCACUGGCAGUACUCUAGCUGGAAAACCACACCUACUCCAAAGACACCAGUUGUAGCUAACGGCACUGCUACGCCAGGCCACACGGCAUCUAUGGAGCCAUCUCCAGCACCUCCUCCAGGACCAGUCAGUUCAAUUGAUAUGUUGCCGCAGAGCAUCCGAAUGGUGGACUCCCCUACCACACAAACUGGAAAGCGUGGCCGCAAGCGGGUCAUGCCACAGGUGGAUGCUCCAGAACCUAAGAGAGCUGCAGUAGCACCUGCACCUGUUUCGGUUGUACCUGAAGAGCAAGUAUCGCUGGACUCUUACUACUAUGGAUCACUGGAGGGUGAUGCACAGAUCAUAAAGGAGGAAUUCAAAAAUUCACUCACCAUUAAGUGCUGUGUCUGCAAUCGGAAGUACUCGAACAAUAUCUUGUUAAUGAAGCAUCUCAUCAUGCAUGCACAGUCAGACAACCAGUUCUUGAUGGAACUCAGUGAUCUCACGCAGUGCAAAUACUGCCUCAAGUCAUUCCCCACUCCAUUCUCCAUGCAGACGCACAUUGAGGAGAUUCAUCUGAAGGCGACGACAAACUUGGUGUGCCGUAUCUGUGAGGAGAAGUUCCGUGACAGACCUAUGCUUAUCUCACACAUGCACCGUACACAUAUUGCAGUUGAGUUGCCAUAUGAGUGUGGGAUCUGCAAGUUCCGCUCAUCGAUGCACAGAGAUCUCAUUGACCAUUUCUAUGAGGUGCACGGUGGAGGUGAAAAGCUCCAGUGCCCAUUCUGUCUGAAGACUGUUGCAUUUGCCAGCCAAGGAAAGAAGAUGUCUGCCAAUGUUAACUUCUUCCUUAAUCAUAUUCAGAAACACCAGAGAAAGACAAUUGCUCGCAGAUGCAAUAAGUGUGUCAUGUGGUUUGUCCACAAGGGCAUCCUCAAAGAGCACCAGAUUAAGGACCACAGCAGCUUCAAAGGUGUUCCAGGAGUGAAACCGUAUGUGAACCCGAGAGGGGUGGAUGUGAUGAUGCCAUUGCCACCAACAUCCCAACUGUCCCGAGGCCCACUCACACAGAAGAAACAGCCAGACAGGAUGAAAUCAUCAUCAAAUUUUGCCAACAAAAUGUUUGAACCACCUCUGGCAAUAUAUGGUGUGCCGUCAGGCUCCACUUGUUGUGAGUGUGAGGGAGAGUUCCUUGGAGAAGAUCACUUCCCAGGCUACUUAACGUGCUCAAGGUGUCGUUUUGCAACAUGCUGCAGCAAAGCCAUGAUGGAGCAUAUUGUGGUGUUCCAUGAAUCGGGUAAAAGCACGCCUGAGUUUACACUAGGGCAAAUAGUGCAGCUUCCAGCAGAAAUGUUCUGUGUGUGUGGGUACAAAACUUCUAGCGGCAAUAGGCUAGCAAAUCAUUUGGCAAAGUGUGAGCGAAAGAGUGCGUACCCCUCUCCAGCCAAAGCAAAGGCUGCAACCAUCCAGUCAGCUUCCUUCCCACCACUGGUCACAUUAGACGAUGCUGACAAUGCUAGUGAAGAUCCCAGUGAUCGCUGGCUCAAGGCCUUUGUUCCAAGUCGCAAGGAGGAGCCUGGGGAGGGCAGUAAGGAUGCACCAGACAAAAAGCAAGCUCCUCAGCCCGAGGGUGGAGACCCCCCAAGUAUGCUUAACAUACUGGGUCUAGUACGCAAACCUUCAACAGACGAAUCGAGUCUUGAUCGUGCCCCAUCUGACAGUGAAGGACUGCCCGAGGGCAAAGCAGAGCAACCACAGCUGGCAGCAAGCUCAGAACUACCAGAUCAAGAAAACAGUGAGGUUCCUUCACCAGGGACAAGUAAAAAUGGAGAGAAAGUUGCAGAAGGAGAGGAAAAGAUGGAAGUAGAUGAAGCAGAAGCUGGCAAUGAUCAGCCAGUAGCUCUGGCAAACAUAGAUGACAGUACUACUGAAGAGGCAUUACCAGACGACAAGGAACCUGCAGAGCAGAUGGUACUGGAUGACAGUGCGACUGCAGAGGAGAUUUCAGGUGACAUAGGCCCUGCAGAGGAAACGUCACCAGGUGAUGUGGCCCCUGUAGGGGAGAUUUCAUCAGGUGACAUUGUCCCUGCAGAGGAGAAUUUACCAGAUGACAUGGCCCCUGCAGGGGAGCACUCAUCAAGUGACAUUGUUCCUGCAGAUGAGACUUCACCAGAUGAUAAUGUCCCUGAAGAGGAGACUUCACCAGAUGAAAAUGCCCCUAUAGAUGAGACUUCACUAGGUGACAGGACAUCUCCAGUAGAGACAGAAGAGAACUGUCAGGCAUCUGAGGUGGGGGACAACAGACCAUCAUCCCAAUCGAGUGCAGCAGCAGACAGCAGAUUGUCCUCUCAGGAAGCAGAGGCCAGGAUUCCAUCUCCUGUGGAAGGUAGUGAGAUCAAAUGUUUACAUCCCCCCGAUGAUACCGAAGAAAGUGUAGCUUCGCCCUCGUGCAAUGAGAAUGAAUCAUCUGACAUCGUCAGAGACUCCAGUGAACUUUGUCAGGAGAGUGAGCAGGCUGGUGACAGAGAAAUAAGAUCGUCAGUCAGUGAAACUGAAGCAGCAUACACGGAUGAGAGAGCUGCCAUCUCCCCUGUUAAUAAUGAAGUGCCCCCAUUGUCAGGGGACAAGCUUGCAAGUACUCUUGUAGAAAGUACAGAUACAUCUUUAGCAGGAAACAUAGUUCCUUUACUAGAGGAAAAGGCUGGGCCAUUAUCUGAGCAAAAUAAAGGAGAGAUUGAAAAUAUAUCCACCAGUGCUUCUGAAUGAAGAGUUUCCAUUUGCUUUUGAAAAUAGUGUAAGUCACAGUAGGUGGCACAGAAUUGCAACUGGACUUGUGCUGCUUGUUACUGCCACCUUACUGCAGGAAUCUUUACCUAGUUUUUAAGUGUUUAUAUUACCAUCACAAGUUUUUUAGUGUAUUGACAUGUUGGUAUUAGAUUUAUGUUGAUACAAAUGUAUACAUGUAAGGGAAUGUGUGAAUAUAUGACGUGAUAGAUGUUUAAAAGAUUUUAAUUUUGCAUUUGAUGUAAGUUGGUGCUGUACUAGUGAGGAAGCUGGAGUGCUGCAUGUAAUGAAAUAUCCCCUCAACACUUAACUCAGUUUGUCUUUUACACAGUUUAUAUAGAUGUUCAGUACAAGGGAACCAAUGAUACGCACAUAGCUAGUACUAUAAUAACAUAAGGGAUUGUUCUGUUUGGAGUCGUUUGUGUCAUACUGAAACAUUUUAGAUAUUGCAUACGUUUGUGCCUAAUUCCCAUGAAAACAAAAAUUUAAAUGUUAAUAUAACUUCCAGCAGAUGAUGUGCAAGGUGAAGGUAUUUUCGUGAUGCAGUGCAAGUUGAUUUAGGGUAAAGUGAAUAAAAUGUGUUUCGUCUUGUAAAUCAUCAUCGUUGUAAAUGGAUAUGAAGUGAUAACGGGAAAGAAUGUUUUAUCUGCUGCAGAAAGGGAAUCGGAGUUUACAUCAUACUGUGGACACUUUAUGGAAAUACGUUUGGUAUAAUGUUUUGUUGUGCCUGUUACAAUCUCUUGCAUAUGCCAUUAUAGGAUAUCUGCCCACUGAUAGUAUUAAUGUCAUGUAAAGUAAAAUGUAAAACAGGCGAGAUGAAAACACCAGGCAUAAAUAAAAGGAAAACAAGCAAGAUGAAAAUACCAGACAUAAUUUGAACAUGAAUGACACAUUGUUCAUAAUGUUAUAAGUCCUGUUGUAAUUUAUAUUUAAUCUCAAGCAUUGUGAGCUCAUGACUGACCAGUGUGAUUCUAAAGUUUUACGUAUCUUUAUAUAUCCUCUAUGCUUGCUCUGUCUAAUGUAUUUAGUGUAUGAUUGUGAAUUUGAUAUACUGUCCAUAGAUCUGCUAUUGAAGUUCAGUGGCUGUAACUUAGUUGUAGAUAAGGUAUUAGAGUUUUUUGCAGCUUUAGGUUUUCUCUGAAAUGAAUGCUACCCGAGUUGUAAAAGAUGUAUAUUUAGUGAAAAGAGAAUUCAUUCACUUUACACAUUUUGUUGAGGUUUUUGGUCAAAGUAGUCUGCUUUAUUUUUUUAUGCUACUCUGUGGCUAGAAAGCGAAGAUGUUUCAGUAAGCUGAGUGGCUGCAGGCUGAACAACCCAGGCAUAAUUCCUGAUAGAGGGAAGAGAUUUUCUUCUUACUGUCAUAUCCAGACUGGCAGUAAACCCAACCCAGCCUCAUGUUCACUGGUUCAUGGGGCCUCUGUUUCAGGAGGUAAAUUGACUGAGUAAGAAGCUGACCACUUUAUCUACUGCCAGUUUUAAAAAUUCAUGGAGCUUUGAAAUACUUCAUGGUGUGGUACUUGGCACAGGGACAACUUUCCAGAUAUACAAGUGUAUUGUGAAAGUUUUGUACCACUUGUAAAUACUGUCAGAAGUUUGACCUAAAGCACUAGACUUUUGCAGCAGUCCACAGUAUGAUUAAUUCAAAAUGUUCUAAAUUUCCCUCCUUGAAUGCACCCUCCCCAGUGAUGUAAAACACCUAUGCUGCUCUGAAGUGGGGAGGCAGUUUUUUCGUUAUACUGUUAAGACCAAAAUUACCCUAGGGCCUGGGUCUUUUGCUGUGGGUACUGCAGAUUUUUUAUGUUAAGGCAGAAAGAUUUGAGUUUGAGGUCCCACGUGUAUCUGUAUGUGUAUGAUGGGUUUCUUUGAAAGAAAAUGUGUCUUGUUUAUGCUCGUUAUCAGCUGACCUGAAACUUCCAUUUCACAAGGUUAUGUGACAAGAUAAUUGAUAUAACUUCAGUAGAAGUCUGAUGUAAUGAAUACAACCUGCUUUGAGAAGUCUGUUUAAUGAACAUUUCUUUAUGCACCACCAGUUUAAUCAUAAUAAGCAUGCAAUAUUUUAAGCCAUUAGGGCUGAGGAUUUUGGGUACAUCAAAACAUGCUGGGGCUGGGUUCAUUUCUGGAAAAAUCAGUGCUUAGUGAAAAAAUAUUUCACUCCCACCACAGAUAUUACUAAUGCAGAAGUAGGUUACUGAGGCAGUCUAUGAUAUGACUUCAAACCAGGCAUCGCCUUCAUCUCAAGAAAGACUGAAAUAAUGUUCCAUCCAGACAUAUGGGAAUGUUUCCUGAGCUGAAGCUGUUGGGUUAAUGAGAAUACUGUUCCGUAAUUUCAACUGUAACAGAUCAUUUUCUCUCCUUUCAAGAUUUAUGUAAAGAUAUGUUUUGACGACUUGGUUCGGCUGUUAAUUUCUGAUCUUCAUAAGUUGAAUAUGCACCACUGACAUCAUUGCAGUAUGUGUCUAAUCAUAGCAUGGAUGGAGGCCUCUCAGUCUAUGCAUGGGAGAGUAACUCAGUGUAUCAGACAAAAAUAAAACAUUCAAAUAAUUUUGACUUGUCUUCACAGAAAUUAAUGGUCUGAUGUGGACGUACCAUUCACCACCUUGUGGAAUUGAUUGUUCUAUCCCCUAAUAGAUUCAGAAACAGUAUUCCAUUCCUUUCAGUGGAGUCACAUACAUGGGUGAUUUUACUAGGUUUGAAUGCGCAGCAACAGGUGAAGUAGGUCAGUUUGCUGCUGGCUUUGUGUGUUGCUGUUUCAAGCGUAGGAAGAAAUUAUACUCUGUGGGUUGAAAGUUACCCCUGACCCCAAUAAUUUUGCUCCAUACUUUCGUUUUGACCCUGGUUCUGGACAGGCAUCAGAGUUGGCACAGAAUGAGUUUCAGUGAAUGAAACUUGAGUCAUGGGUAGACUGAACUAAUUCUGUAUAAACAAAGCCAAAUUAACUGUAAAGUAUCAAAAGGAACUACUUUGAACAGAAUCUCCAUGAAAGGUGCUCAGUGUCUCAGCUAAAGAAAAAUAUGACCGUGAUCAAAUCAACCAAUUUCUUCAUAUGCUUUUAAAGAUGUAAAUGGUCAGGCCAUUGAUGCUACUCUUAAUGUGUGCCUUAUAUCACAUGAAACAUCUUCAUAUAAAUAGGGACUUGCAGACAUUCAUCACUUUUAAUUUGUGCCUGCCAAUCUCUAAUUACUUCCAUUUGCAAAGCAGAAGCACACCAACUGUGUGCCACCUUAUUUCUUUCGGGAAUAAUAUUGAAUCCACAGUAGUUGCCUCCUGAUGUAUGCAGACCUGGUUAUAAAGUAAGAUGUACCUAUGUAGGUUUGGUGUUAUUUUUGUUAACAAAAAUUAUGAAGAAACAGUGCUCCUGUGGAGAAACACCACAAGUGGAGAUACUGGGUUCAUUCAUAAAUACAACACAAUUCAGCACUAGCUCACAGAGUCACCGUGUUUCUUCAAUACUCAGUACAGUACAAAUGACAGCCAUUAUUGUGUUCAUAUUAUUACAAGUGAGAAUAAGCACUGUUCUUAAAUUUGCAUGAUUUUUUUUUCUUUCCUCUGUUGACUUCUAAUUCAUCACUUGUUUGCACAAUUUAUCUGUUUCAGAAUAAUUAUAAAAACUCCAGCUUUUUCACUGGUUACAUUGAGAUAACCACAGACACUAGUUUAAUUUCUGAUCAGUUUAUACAUUUCCAUAUUUCCAUGUUCUAAACUUCCUCUGAAAAGUAUUUGAUUAGUGUCAGUUUUUCAUGACAUUAUGAAUUCUCAUUAUAUCAGACUUCUACUUGUAGUAAUUUUUCUUCAGUAUGUUCUCAUUUCACUGCCAUUUGACAGGUGCAUUUACACUAAGAAUUUGUAUUUUGUGUCAUAAUUAAAGUCAGGAAAGAACAGUGCUGGUGAGUCAGUUGAGUUGUAAGGUAGUAUUCGUUAGCAUUAUUUGUAUUCCAUGUUGCGUUGCAUGAUCAGACUCAAAAUUUGGAAAUAAAGAGAGAGAAUGUAUAAAUGUUUAA